ACACACAUCUUUUAACCUCUUCUUGUCUCUCCCUCUCUCUCUCUCUCUCUCUCUCACAGCAGUCUCAAAACAAGCAAAUUCAGAUCAGAGAGAAAGAGCUCGUCAGCCAGGGAGACAAAAUAGAGGGAAAGAGAUUGAGGAAAGGCAAAGCAGAUAUUAACUCUAUUUUGAGGUACCUAAUUAAUAACCAUGGCCAAGGAACAAUUGAAGGUGUUGAAUGCGCUUGAUGGUGCCAAAACUCAAUGGUAUCAUUUUACUGCAAUUAUCAUUGCUGGAAUGGGGUUCUUCACCGAUGCAUAUGAUCUCUUCUGCAUAUCCCUUGUAACCAAAUUGCUUGGCCGCAUUUACUACCACGUCGAUGGUGCAGCAAAGCCCGGCACAUUGCCUCCCAAUGUAUCUGCUGCUGUUAAUGGUGUUGCACUUUGUGGAACACUCGCCGGCCAGCUCUUCUUUGGAUGGCUUGGUGACAAGUUGGGCAGAAAGAAAGUCUACGGCUUGACUCUGAUGCUCAUGUUUCUCUGCUCCGUUGCUUCAGCUCUUUCUUUUGGACACAGCGCAAAGGCUGUUAUGAGCACCCUUUGCUUCUUUCGGUUCUGGCUUGGUUUUGGCAUCGGUGGUGACUACCCACUUUCUGCUACCAUUAUGUCCGAAUAUGCAAACAAGAAGACUCGUGGAGCCUUCAUUGCUGCAGUGUUUGCCAUGCAGGGCUUUGGCAUUUUAGGUGGUGGUGUGUUUGCUAUUAUCAUGGCUUCCAUAUUCGAGGCCAAGUUUGAUGCUCCCGCUUAUGAAGUUGAUCCACUUGCCUCCACUGUCCCUCAAGCGGAUUAUCUAUGGCGUAUUAUUCUGAUGGUUGGUGCUCUUCCUGCUGCACUCACCUACUACUGGAGGAUGAAGAUGCCUGAAACUGCCCGUUACACUGCCCUUGUUGCCAAGAAUGCAAACCAGGCUGCAAAUGAUAUGUCCAAGGUUCUCCAGGUUGACAUUGAAGCAGAACCACAAAAGAUUGAGCGGCUUGCUCAACAACCAGCCAAUUCAUUUGGUUUGUUCUCUAAGCAGUUUCUUCAUCGCCAUGGACUUCACUUGCUGGGAACAACAAGCACCUGGUUCUUGCUUGACAUUGCAUUUUACAGCCAGAAUCUAUUCCAAAAGGAUAUCUUCAGUGCAAUUGGAUGGAUUCCACCGGCAAAGACCAUGAAUGCCAUCGAGGAGGUCUUCAGAAUUGCAAGGGCGCAAACACUGAUUGCUCUAUGCAGUACUGUUCCAGGCUACUGGUUCACAGUGGCUUUGAUUGACAAGAUGGGAAGGUUCGCCAUCCAACUAAUGGGUUUCUUCUUCAUGACAGUGUUCAUGUUUGCCCUGGCUUUUCCUUACAAUCACUGGACUCAUAAGGACAACCGCAUUGGGUUUGUGGUGAUGUAUUCACUGACAUUCUUCUUUGCAAAUUUCGGGCCCAAUGCCACCACAUUUGUCGUGCCAGCUGAGAUUUUCCCGGCCAGGCUGAGGUCUACUUGCCAUGGCAUAUCUGCAGCAUCAGGAAAGCUUGGAGCUAUGGUUGGAGCAUUCGGUUUCUUGUAUUUAGCUCAGAACCAGGAUAAGGCCAAGGCAGAUGCAGGGUACCCUGCUGGUAUUGGGGUGAAGAACUCACUCAUUGUGUUGGGUGUGAUCAACUUACUUGGCCUACUCUUCACUUUCCUGGUGCCAGAAUCAAAGGGUAAAUCUCUGGAGGAGAUGUCGGGUGAGAAUGAAGAUGAAAGUUGAGCAUAGACAGAAAAAGACGUAGUAGCCGGAAGUUCACAGUAACAAGACCAUUUCUGUCAAUUUUUUUUUUUUUUUUUUUAAGUUAUCCAUGGUUUUGGAAUCAUGCCGUUCUUCAUCUCAAUUUUUUCCAGUCACUCUUACUACUUGGCACAUUUUAAAGUGUUUUGAUUUAAGGGUGACUGAACAUAACAAGAUCUAAGAUAAAAGGGAUACAUUGAUCUCUUUAGUGUGUCAUGAUUUUCUCUAGAACAUCUUGUCAAUGGAUGCCCAAAAUUAGUAGACUGUAACAUUUGUUCAGUGUGCAAAACAUUUCUAGCUCCACUUCAAUUAGAUUGUGCUAUAUCCUUGCACAUUAAAUGCUUUCUUUGAAAGAAA